GCUCCCGGUGCGCGCUGCUCGUGUUUGCUCAAGUCUUCUGUGGCAGUGCAUUUCAGUGAUAAUGACAGAGUGGGAGGGCCACUCCGUGCAACUAAUAAAGACCGCUAUCUAGCUGCAAUCCAACAGUGACUUUAAUUUCCAACUCCUGGAAUCCGGAUCCCUACACUCGCCGUGAUCACUGAUGGAUUAUGAUUUUUACGCAAUGUUUUUAUCCCCACUGUCCUAGAGGAAACUUUGCCAGCGAGUGUUUUGGUGAGGCCUGCUUUCGAGUGACAGAGACAUGAUUUGCUUGCUAACAUGGACGUCUUUUCUCUGGACUCUGAAUUCCAUUCCUUGCACAUUUGGAAUGGCAGUGAAUGAGCAAACAGAUGGCACAUGUCCCCUUUUGAGUGUUCAGGAUCACAGGUUUUCAGAUGUUUUAGACCGACCAUUGCACAUUACAGGAUUUGAUUUGACAGAGACGUUUCUUCAGAGAAAAGGCACCGUGUGGGAAAACCUGCCGUCAUUUCGUUUGGGGAGCAGUCCAUUGAUUAAACCAACAAAAUCCAUAUUUCCGAAUGGGCUUUCAACUGAAUACUCUUUGGUCACCACCUUCCGAGUGCGAAGAACGACAAAGAAAGACCGCUGGUAUCUUUGGCAGAUUUUUAACCAAUCAGGAAUCUCUCAGGUUUCUGUGGUGGUCGAUGGCGCCAAGAAGGUUGUGGAGUUUUCUUACCAAAGUGCUCUCAAGAACACACUCCGCUACACAUUCAAAAGUAGAGACUUGCACAACCUGUUCGAUCGCCAGUGGCACAAGCUGGGCAUCACCGUGCAGAGUAACAUUGUGUCUAUGUACAUGGACUGCAAACUGGUGGAGAGGAAACUGACAGAUGAAAAGGAGAGCAUAGAAUCCAGUGGAAGAACCCUCAUUACUACAAGAGUGGAGGAUGGUCGGCCUAUAGAUAUUGAACUGAAACAACUCAUAAUCUACUGUGACCCCUAUAUGGCUGAAAUGGAAAACUGCUGUGAACUGAUUGAACCAAAGUGUGAAGCCUGGGAGACACUUAAUGGGACUUCCCCUCCCCUGGUUACCGCACAGCUCCCCCAGAUGCUGUCUCAGCCGCCAUCGCAGCCCAUUGACAGAUGCCACUGUCCAUCUGAAAAGGGGGAAGUUGGAGCAGAAGGGCAAAAGGGAAUCGAUGGGGAGAAGGCUGACAACGAAUGUGUCAAAGGCGAUCAGGACCCACGAGGAGACAAGGGAGACAAGGGAAUAGCGGGGGUCCCGGGUCAGCCAGGCAAGGAGGGCAAAAGGGGACGCAGAGGAAAGACAAGGGAGCCCGGGCCCAAAGGCAUGCCUGGGGAAAAGGGCGAUUCCGGAGUCCCAGGAGAGAAGGGAGAGCCGGGGGAAGCGGGUCAGCCAGGAGCAGACGGAGCCACCGGGAUGAAAGGACAAAAAGGAGAUGUGGGUCCACCCGGUCCUCCUGGUCCUGUGAUGACAGCGCAUGGAUUACGAUUACUGUCCGGCACAGACGACAUGAAGGAGCCAGCCCUCAAAGGAGAAAAGGGUGAUCAGGGAGAGGUGGGAGCCCAAGGACCUCCAGGCUUCAAGGGAGCUCAAGGACUGCCAGGGCCUAAAGGAGACCCAGGGCCAGAGGGGAGACAAGGCCUGCCCGGACCCACCGGACUGCCUGGACUCCCUGGUGAGCCGGGCUCGCCAGGGGAGGCCGGGACGCCAGGGAGAGACGGCCUGAAAGGAGAGAAGGGAGACUGUGGUAAAAUAGUGGGGCCACCUGGACCAAAGGGAGACCCCGGCGAGCCUGGAGGUGGUUAUAUGGCUGAUGGCUUGCCCUUGUCUAGAGGCUCUCGUGGUCCAAAGGGCGAGAGAGGAGUCCCGGGACUGCCAGGAGACCAUGGAGAGAAAGGCGAACCUGGAGAAAGAGUUCAAGGCCCACCGGGGCCUGUGGGACCCCCAGGAAAGCCAGGAAUACAGGGAUCGCGUGGCUCCCCAGGUCCAUCUGGCCCACCUGGGCUUCCCGGACGAGAGGGCUCUCCUGGAAGACCAGGCCUACCAGGCCCUGCUGGACCCCCGGGUGAACCAACUGCUUUGCCUAUUGUUGGUGACAUGGGUGCAUUGCUAAAGAACGCCUGCAGUGCCUGUGCCAAGAUCCCAGGACUUCCCGGGCAGAAGGGAGAGAAGGGCUCCAGAGGCGAACCGGGGGUGGAAGGAAUGGUGGGAGAGAAGGGGGAUCCAGGUGUCAGGGGUCCCAUGGGUAACCCCGGGAAAGAAGGUCCAAAGGGAGUGAAAGGCGAAAGAGGGUUCCCAGGCCCCACUGGAGAUAAAGGCGAUGAGGGCCCAGCUGGAGUCCCAGGCCUCCCCGGAGCAGCCGGUCGGACUGGAGCCCCGGGGAUUAUGGGUAGAUCUGGUCCAGCUGGACCACAAGGAGGAAAAGGAGAAAAGGGAAAUGAAGGUUCUCCAGGAAAGCCAGGACCACCCGGACCUCCUGGCAAUGGGAUGGGCAGUCUUUACAAGCUGCAGAGCAGUGGAGCUAUUUUAGGACCCCCCGGAGCUCCUGGUACACCGGGUCCCAAAGGAGAUGAUGGGGUUGUGGGUGAGCCAGGGCCUAUGGGAUUACCAGGGCUUGAUGGGCUUCCUGGUGCUAAGGGAGACGUUGGUUUACCUGGACCUCCUGGAAUACCUGGUCCUGCAGGGAAGCCCGGUGCGCGUGGAGAGCCAGGGAUCCCAGGAGAGCCGGGCGAGCGCGGACCCAUAGGAGAAACUGGAUUCCCAGGGCCUGAGGGACCCCAAGGUCCUCCUGGCCGUGCUGGAAGAGAUGGGACUCCUGGAUACAAGGGAGAGACGGGGAGACCUGGAGACAGAGGCUCAAAGGGAGAACGUGGUGACCCAGGCAUUCCCGGAGAGCGAGGUGUCCAGGGAGAGCGUGGGCGCACUGGUGACUCUGGCCCAUCUGGACCAAUGGGACCUGCGGGCCAAAAGGGAGACCCAGGUCCUCCGGGACAACUGGGGAGUUCACAUCUCCUGGGUGAUCCUGGAUUUUUGGAGGAACUGAAAACAAUCAUCCGAAAUGAAGUUUUAAGGGCUAUGGAAGACAAAGUGCCACAGGCUUCUAUGAUGCAGAAGACUCCAGCAGGGCUUUUAGCUGCUCACUUCCAAGGACCCCCAGGACCACCGGGCAGAGACGGGUUACCAGGUCUACCUGGAGAACCUGGUUCUCCUGGUCCUCAAGGAUACAGGGGCCAGAAAGGAGAGCGAGGUCAGAUGGGGUUGACGCUGCCAGGAGAUCCAGGGCCUAUGGGACCACCAGGACCCCCUGGGAUCAGCACGCGUGGACCACCAGGAGCCCCAGGGCCCCGUGGAGCACCUGGAACAUGUGACCCCAGCGACUGCCUUCUUCCCUCCCUAUGAGCCCUCUCCAUCUUCAUCCGAGGAUACGCCUCAAUCUGGACCUGGAUCACUGGGUGUGCUGACCUCCUUUGUCAAUAACAUUAGUAUGCAGUUGGGGUUUUCCUCCUGGGAAUGCUGUUAGGUUUGUUGUUUUGUUUUGAGUGCAACAAAGUCUUUUGAAUAGUUAUUUUACUGCUUUUUGCUUUGUUUUUUUGUUUUGUUUUUUUAAUCCCCCACUGUGAUGUAAUGCAUUCCUUUUCAACUCUCAUUCUGUCGUUAAAGACCAUGAAAUGAGCGUUUUGUAGAGGGUAGCCCUGUUAGGAAAAAAAAAAGUUAUCUUAAUUAUGUAUUUGCCUUUUGAAUUGGCACGCGUAUGCACUCUUCUGUUGUAAUUCAGAUAAGCCAUUUGGUAGGCAAAGGUACAUCUCGUAACCGUGUAUGUUUGAAAUAUGAGAGUUGAAUGAAUGUUUCUCUUUUAUGUUUAGAAAUUAUUUUUUUAAAUCAUAAUGCAACCAAAGUGCAGCAGAUAUGUUUGAUAUGGGAAUUAUUUAUUUAAAGCUUGUUCUUUGAGAAUGUACUUAAAUUAUGGGACUGGUUAUUGUAGUAAAUGUAGCAUGUCUAUUUGGAAAUAUACUGCUUCAGGACAUUUGAGUGUUUUUUUUUGCUAAUGCCGUACUUGUACUUUGGCUUGAUUUCAAACACAUCUCUAAAGUAAUCACAAUCACUGAUGAAGAGGUCCUUGCGUAUUUGGAUAAGCCAUCACUCUCAGUCUAUUUGUAACAACACACACGUCAAGGGCAAUUGAAACAAAUGUGCUUGAGAAGUCAUUAGUCUUUGAGUGACCUCUUCUGUUGGCUUAAUCAGUUUGUGCAUUUUGUUUGUUAGUUUUACUUCUUUGGCUCAUACUCAGACAAUUAAGCAAAUUAGCAAUUAUGAAAAUGUAUGCUUGUAAAUAACAUGGUUUGUUUACACAGUGUGGUGUAUGACGAUUCCUUAUUGGCAUAUGUGUAUAUUUUGGUUUCAGCUACCCAAAGGAAAUCGGACUACGUCACAUAAGUUUCUCAUUCACUGAGACUAAUUUACUUGAGCUUAAUUUUGAAUAUAUUUGUGUCAUUAAAAUUGGGAGUUUUUUUUUUUUCAUUUUUAAGAAUUUUCAGUGUGGUCUCUCUCCCCAGGUACCCAGUGUGCAUUUAUUAGGUUAACUGAUGAAUCUAAAUUGCUCACAGUGAGUUAAUGUGGGAGUGCAUAGUUAUUUGGCAGUGCACGUCUGACACAGCUUUGCAACAGACUUGAGAUACCCCUUAUGUUUGAAAACUUAGAUCCUUCAUAAUCUCACUUAAUGCCACCCCCUAUGUCUUUUAGUAAGUAAUAAUCUCCAACAUAUCUUUACCACGUUCCUGGAGUUUGUCUUAUUUGAGAAGUACAAGUCUGACUAAAUACAAUGGAAUUUUCAGCUUUAAAAGAUAAUUAGUUUGUAUUGUUUUGACAUUAGCUACUGUUUUUCAGGGCUUAGAUUGUGACUCAAGGGUUUUAUUUUGCUUCCAACUGUCCUGUGUGACAUGCUUAAAAAGUUGCGUGGGUGGAUUUGAAAGUGUUGGUUGAAAUCCUUCUUUGACUUUGCUUCUUAGAAAGGCACAGUGCAUCUAUAUCAUACAUACAUGCUAUAUAGUAAUAGUAUAGUCCAUUUUAUCUUGAUAUAAAAGCAGGUUUUAUUCAUUUUGAUGGCAGCCUUUUUUAUGUCCAUGUUUAAAUUUUGCAGUACAUUUUAAAUGGGAACAGCGCCAAUGUGAGUUUAUUUGUGAGACAAAGGAGCCCCCUGCUGGAUGUUUAUGUCUGUACAGGGGAAAUGUGCACCAUAACAUUUGUAGGUGCUGUGCAUAGUAUAUUUAUCGUAUGUUUUAAACCCUCUAUGUCUGAGUAUCCUCAUUUACAAUAAUGAUGACAAAUGUAAAAAGCCAACCAUGCAGUUUGUUACAGUCAAAAAUCAUGUAAAAGUUCUUUAAGUUUAUCUUGUUCUACUGUCUACUAAUGGGAUAUGUGUCUAUUGUAUGUUUUGCAAAUGUUCAGUACAAUCAAAUAUCAUGUGAUCAGAUGUAAAUAAGCUUAAAGGAAAUAAUAUAGAUCAGUCUCUUAUUGUGGUGUCUGCUAUAGUGUCUGUCUGCUCCUGUCUCUCUUGUGCCGAAUGACUUCAAUUUUGUUGCUAAACUUUCUUUGUAAACAUCUACCUCAGUCCUGGUUUACCACAUGUCCCUAGAAUGAGCUAUUUUGAGAUAAAUAUAUUUUACAUCAUAAACUGUUGCCUUUGACUGACAAGCAACUGCAAUGUACAAAUGGUUCACAGUGAAGAGAGGUUCGGGAAGGUUUGGUUUCACUAUUUCAGAGGGCAUGUUUAUUUUAUUUUUUCUUGCUGCAUAUUUUAUUUAUGUCUAUUAACGAUACUGCCUUACUGGUGUGCAAUAAAUGU